GGCGGGGAGCGGAGGAGCAGCUGCGGCGGCCUUGGGGAGUGGUUGACAUCUGGCGUCUCCGAGGGUCGAGGGGACCUCGGGUGAGCCACAGUCCGGGCCUGGCGGCCACCUCCAGCUCACGCUUUCCCCCUCGACGUCCGCCAUGGCAGCGCGUCCGUCCGUCGCCGGCCUCUCCGCUUGCCGUGGCUCCGGCUCCCCGGAGCGAUGAGGCGGUAGUGGCGCCCCGAGGCCCGCUCCUGCAGCGAUUCGGUCGCCCCGGCCGGGGGCAGGUCUGCGAGCCGGUCCCGCCGCGGCCCGCCCCCGCACCGCCCAGUUCCGCCCCCUGGAGGCGCUGCCCUCGGGCACCCGCAGCCCAUGCUGCUCCGCCGCUCUGCUGCCCGCCGCUGAGCUCGCGCCCACCCCCCGGCUUUCAAUAUGUGGCACAACGUGGGGUUGACCCUGCUGGUGUUCAUGGCCACGCUGCUGAUCGUCCUGUUGUUGAUGGUGUGCGGUUGGUAUUUUGUAUGGCAUCUAUUUUUAUCUAAAUUCAAGUUUCUACGGGAGCUGGUGGGAGACACAGGAUCCCAGGAAGGAGAUAAUGAACAGCCAUCAGGGUCUGAAACAGAAGAAGAUCCUUCAGCUUCGCCACACAAGAUCAGAUCUGCUCGCCAGCGAAGGCCACCUGUUGACGAUGGCCACCGAGCAGAUACAGCAGCUUCUUAGAGUGUGGGCUAAGGCAGUUACACGCUCUGUCCUUAGUGACCUAGCUUUGAAAGUUACUAAGUGACUGAGGAGCAUUUGCAAUUGGAUUUAUAUCCAGUUCAAAAAAGAAAGAUUUACACGUAAGCCAUAUAGAAAUAAAGGGAAUUAAAACCAAAUUGGGCCAUUGCAGAUUUCAUCUUGGAUGUUUUGCUUCACUAGGUCUCCUUAAUAUACUUACUCGCUGGCUCCUGGACUUAUCCUUUCUUUCUUUUUGUCUUUUUUUUUUUUUUUUUAAUUGCACUGGUAUAAUCUGUAAACAUUUUAGGCUUGAAAAAACAUGUUAUUAGUUAUUAAAAUGUACAUUUUUCUUGACAUUUUAACUUGUCAGACAUUGGGAAGUAUCUCAUGACUGUCAGCCGGGUCUUGUCAUUAUCCUCACUCGUGCGUAUGUGACUUUGCAGCUUGUUACAGUGUCAUUACCUCAGCUGAUGUGUAUAUUGUUGGUGUCAAAUACUUCAGGUUUAAUUGGCAUUUUAAAAAUGUUUUUAAAAGACAGCACUAUGACGCAGCAUUGAAAUGAAAGGUUAUUGUGUAUGUCGAGAACCAUGGAAACAACAUUGGGACAUUUUUGCUAUUAGUGAUGCCAACAUUGGUGGCUGGAGAAAUGAUCACAAUCCUAUAUUUUCUUGCAAAGAAACAGCAAAAUGCUUUACAGGACUUAAGAAAGGAAGAGAUCCACAAGUUGACAAAGCUGUGCAAUAUUUUGUCAGCGAGGCACUUGCAAAACAAUUGCCUUUCUUCAUGCCAAGCGAUUGCAGUCAAAGGCAGGAGAAAUUGCCAAAAUCCUCAGAAUUGAUCUAGCAAAAUUCAAAGCAGAGAGAGGCUCCUAUGCUCACUUUACGGAGAGGACUGCCAUUAAGACAUUUUAUCCAAAGCUGCCUGCUGGGAUUAGGCAGUGGAGCUUCUGGAAAUGCUGUGUGGCCAGUGCUCUAGACAUGGGUGGGAAAGUACAGAUUCCUACCGCUAAUCUGAGAAGUGUUUUGGAAGAGGGGGACUUAGAAUAUGAGGUUACAGUUAUAACUUAACCAGUUUAUUUCACACAUUUGUUACAUAGGCACAAGAUUUACUUGAUAAAAAUAUUUUAGAACAUGGAAUAAAUGCAAAAUAAAACAUGUUUCUGUGAUACCAGGCACAUGCCAUAGCUUAAUGGGCAAUGCUUUCUCCUUAGAGAUACAUAUGGUGCAACCUAAUAGAUGGUCACUUAUAUUGAGUAAAAGUGAUAAAAUGUAAAUUUACUUUUCAAGAUAGCAGUUAUUUAUUGGAGAAUUUAAGUAUAAAUCUUACAGUGUUAACAGUUAUUUUUUAUGAAGUACUUUUAGAGUAAACUUAUUGGGGGGGUUUAGCAUUGUAGUUAGGAAUCUAAGAGCUGUCUUCUCCUUUAUGGAGAACGUUGUCAGUCCCUCCUUUAUACGGGGACUUAUGUUCUGGGCUCGUGCUAUGGAGAAAGUACUUCACGGACAGCGGGUCAGCCACAAGACCUCAAGAGUACUAAGGCUUGAGAAAGUACUGGUUGAAAUACCUGCCUGCCUGUGUAAAAUGCCUCUUGCCAGGAGUCCAUGUUUGUUCUAACUGAACUUUGGACUGUUUACUAGAGAAGAGCAAUGGAUUGAUGAACCUUCUAGUGUUGUCUGCUCCAUACGGAAAUGAGCUGCAAGGCCAAGUUUCUUCCUCAUUCUUGUUCUUCACAGCAUGUUUAAUCUCAUUUGUUACCUCAUCCUUAGCUCUGGCACAUGCUGUUUAUUAGUUGUCUACUGGCACCACCCAAAGUGCGUUCCUAGAGAUGUAGAUAUUGUAGCCCUUUGAAUACACUGGCAGGGAAGUUACAGGAGACAGCUUUCAGCUAGACAUUUUCUGGGGAAGAUCCCCAAUAGCUUGAGAGUGGGGUACAGCAUUCUGUCUUCUUUAUGGGGCAUGACUAGAAGGCACAAAGCAGUGACAUUGUUUCUAGCAUUGAUCUUCAGGAUUUAGUAUUUUUUAUAAUAAGUAAAUAUUUUUAAACCGGUCAAGAUGGCCCAAGGCAUCUUGGUACCGGGAAGAUGUUUACAUUAGAUUUUUUUCAUAAUCUAAUGUUUUGAGCUUCAACUUUUCAUUGUUGCUAAUGUUUUAUGAUGCAUAUCUAAGGGUUAGAUGCCAAUAGGAAGGACUUUAAGCAGCAGGUGAGCUCUCUGUUGUAUCAGUAUUAAAGAAUGAUGGCUGAUGUAACUGUCCCCCUCCAAUCUGUAACACGGCCCAAACUAAUUCCUGUAAAACUACAUAAAGGGCAUUAUUUAUUGGUAUUUAUGUUUCCAGCAUAUCUUAUAAAACUGUAAUAAAUACAGUGCCUGGCCCAAGAAAUAAUACCUUAUGGUGUAAUAGCUCAUACAUGGCAUGUUUUAACUUAAGUAAAAACAUUUUGGAUGCCAGUUUGAGGAGUCUAAGGCAUAGUUCUUCGUGUAACAUUGGUUUCUUGGACCCUCCCUUACCUGACCAAGAGUGGGAAGAGAAAGUGUUGUCCCUGUGUGGUUCCUCAUGUGCUGUGGAUUUCUGUCCUGUCUCCUGUUUUGCUUUAGGACUUUUAUAGCUCUUAUAACUGUCAUACCUGUAUUCUCAGGCUCUCAGUGCAAGAGGUGCACUUAUCUUUAAAGUAUAAAGAUACAUCAUACAGAUACUAGAGUCUUGCCUGCACCCUUCCAAAAAUAAUGCUAUCAUCUCUGAGGAUUGAUGAGAUACUUAGGGACUCAGGUAGAUUGCUGUAGUUCCUUCUCUGCCAACCCUUCCUAAAGGUGUGUGUGUCAGGGGUGUGCACGUGCGUGCGGGCGUGCAUGUGCGUGCAUUUGCGUGUUUUCAAAUUGCCCAUGUGAUGGCAUGGCUCAGAUUUAAAUGCCAAAUACACUAAAGAUUUGUGUAACAGCUGAGGCAUUAAGCACGUGCCUGAGGAAAACAUUUGAACUGAAUGAAUUCUCACAUUGGAAGUAGAUACUGGUUAGCUAGUUCAUCGACAUCUUGACCCCUUUCUUUAGAUUAGGCUUAAAAACCAUCUCAAAGUGGCGUUUUGCUAAAUGCUUAGGAUAAGUAUAUACUGACAUCUAAAACAUGAUUCGAAGUAGUUCAUGUUUCCUGUGGAGAGGAAUCAUCUGUGACAUUAUUCUGAGUCCACAGUGCAAUCUUUUUUUACAGUCAGCUUUUCUCAGGUGUCUGACUGUGACUGGUAACCAGUGUAACUGAAGAUCUCAGCUGGUAAACUAAGUGCUUUUAUAUUUGAAGUUGACUUCAUAAAGCCAAUAAGUAGUCCUCAAGAGCAUGGAGAUGCUCAGGUGACUAGAAUGGCAUUGGGUUAUAGAAUAUAGAGUUAAGGAACCUUGUAUUGUCUUCUGUUAAAGUGUCCCAGAGUCUGAAACUUGUAACAAGUUCCAUUGUAUGCUGUAUUAGUAGAAGCUGCUUCUCCCUUCGUUAGCUAGCGCACAUGCUACCUGUUGAGGUCUCUCUAGCAUUAACCUCCACGCCAGUUCUGUGCAUAACCAUUGGCCAGAUACUGCUGCUGUGGUUUCUUACAGGAGCCUUUCCGUCCUGUGCUGUGAUGCAUUGUCAUCUUGCUGCUUGACAUAAACUCUGUGAGGAGUUGGAACUGUGUGUGUUAAUAGUACCUAUGUAUAACAAGAUGUAAAAUACAGAUGAGAGAUAUGCAAAUGAAUGGUGUUCCUGUCUUAGAAUAUCUAAAGCUUCCAUGGUUUGUAUGUUUUAACUUCCUCUUUAAACUGCACAGAAUAAAUGGAAAUGAAAACAA